AUGUCGAUAAUGCCGGUGAAAGGUACAGGGAAGUGCAGCUACGCCGGUUGCGUGAGCGACCUGAACCGGAUGUGUCCCGUUGGUCUACAAGUCCGUUCACGUGACGGGAGACAGGUAGUGGCCUGUAAAAGCGCGUGCUCUGCUUUCAACUCACCACAGUACUGUUGUACCGGCUCGUUCGGUAGCCCACAGUCGUGCAGGCCCACGGCUUACUCCAAGAUCUUCAAAGUAGCUUGCCCUAAGGCCUACUCCUACGCCUACGAUGACCCUACUAGCAUUGCCACGUGCACCAAUGCUAAUUAUGUCGUCACUUUUUGCCCCCACCGUGGCCGUUGA